UAUCGUUAUCAGUUAUCUCUUGUGCGAUUUCAGAUCCUGAGCCAGCUGAGUUGCAGCUUUUCAGCCUCUUUUUCGUGUUUUCUGUGAAAUUGGCCUUUAUUAAUUAGUAUUUUCAGCGCAAGUACAUCUACCACGAUGGAUUCUAACUUGACUUAUCUCCUGUUGUUUUGGACAAGCACCCAGUGAUCAUGCUCCUCAACACCGUCAAGCUUGAGUUUUCUGGAACAUUACUUAGACUAUUUUUGCUAAUUAAUCGUAGUAAUAAAAAAAAUAAACCCCGAGGAAAAUGAACCCUUGCCCUUUGAUAACAGUUGGGUUUCCUGAGAUCGCUGUCUUCACUUUCUCAUACUGCUGUUCUUUAUCAGUAGUUGUUCAACCUCCUCCGUAAACUCAUGAAGUUGUAUUUUUAUUAACUCAUCAAUUUCAGGUUCAGUCGUUACUGUUCCGCUGUGAUUUAGCUCUUAUUCUUUCCUUUUAAUUGUCCAAUUUUUUUCCCCCAUUGUCUGGUAAUUUAAAUAGCCCCUCUAUUUUCAAAUACCUCCGUUAUGGUGACCGAAGAAGAUUCUACUUAUCUUGGAUUAGAUUUUAGCACUCAACAGUUGAAAGGUGUUAUUGUGAACCAUAAAUUGGAAAUUCUCCACGAAACGCAUGUACAGUUUGACAGCUCUUUACCAGAAUACAGAACCCAUUGUGGAGUUAUUCAUGGCUCAGAUCCGAAAAAUAUCACUGCUCCAACUGUCAUGUGGGUAAAAGCACUCGAUUUGCUAUUGGAUCAAUUAGGAGCAGAUGGAGCAGAUUUUAGCAAAUUGGCAGCAGUCUCUGGAUCAGGGCAGCAACAUGGGACUGUUUACUGGCAGAACAACGCAAGGAAAACUCUCAAAUCUUUAGAUCCAUCAAACUUUCUUUACACUCAAUUAGCUUCAAGUUUUUCUGUCCCUUAUGGACCUGUUUGGAUGGAUUCAAACACCUCAAAACAGUGCAGUGAUAUGGAAAAAGCUGUCGGAGGACCGGAGAGGUUAGCUGAAAUCACUGGGUCUAAAGCCUACGAACGCUUCUCAGGGCCUCAAAUACGAAAAAUUUAUGAAUCAAAACCAUCUGCUUACGAUGGCACUGAGCGGAUAUCUCUUGUGAGUAGUUUUGGAUGCUCUCUCUUUCUUGGUGACUAUGCCCCCAUUGAUUUUUCUGAUGGGUCAGGCAUGAAUCUAAUGGAUGUACAAUCCAAAAAGUGGUCCCAGGAAUGCCUUGAUGCAUGCGCACCUAAUUUGAGUUCCAAAUUAGGAGAACUAACAGCAUCCUCCUCCUUGGUAGGCACAGUCAGCGAAUAUUUUGUGGAGAGAUUUGGGUUUAAUCCUGACACAAAAAUAGUGUCUUUCACGGGUGAUAAUCCUGCCUCUCUAGCCGGAAUGUGCCUGAAAAAGAAUGAUGUAGCAAUUAGCUUGGGCACUAGUGAUACACUAUUUCUAUGGCUAGACAAACCUGUCACUCUUCCUGAUGGCCAUGUGCUUGUGAAUCCAGUCGAUGAAAAUGCAUACAUGAUUUUGCUGUGCUUUAAAAAUGGCUCUCUUACUAGAGUUAGACUCAGGGAUCACCUUGCCAAAGGGUCAUGGUCAAAUUUCAAUAAUCUGCUGAGCUGUACUCCCCGUGGUAAUUUUGGUUACAUAGGAUUAUACUUUGAUUCCCAAGAGAUCAUACCAUGGGCUCUAGGAGAGCAUAGAUACGAUGAAGAUGAUAAACCUAUUCCUAAAUUCCAGUCUCCGGAAAUUGAGAUCAGAGCUUUGGUUGAAGGCCAGUUCAUUGCAAAGCGAGCUCAUGCUGAAGAUAUAGGAUUUGCAAUUGGUGAACAUUCAAGAAUUAUUGCUACAGGCGGAGGAUCAAAUAAUCCAGCUAUGCUUCAAGUUUUGUCGGAUGUUUUCAAUUCUCCUGUUUAUGCUCAAGAUUGUUCAAAUUCAUCUAUGCUCGGUGCUGCCUAUCAGGCCAAAUUUGGAUUGAUGAAAAGCCAAAAUAAAGAAUUGACCUUCUCCGAUGUUACUUCAACAGCACCUGCUCCGAAACUAGUUUGUACCCCAUCGCAUGAUGCUAGACAGAUUUAUGAUCCCAUGGUCGAGCGAUAUCGCAAAAUAGUUGCAAAAUUCAAGAAACAUUGAUGGCUCAUCUCCACCCUCACCUCAGGUAUUGAUAUGAAGAUAGUUUCACGCUUCAGAAAAUAUAAUUUUUUUUUUAAAUUAUUUUUUAGUUAUGAAGAUUUCUUAAUUCAGGGAUAAACAAUGAACUGCUUUUUAUGAAAAGAAUGUUUUCCUGGGGGAGCAAAAUAAUUAAAGUUCAAGUGAUAUUUUACACAACGAAAAUAUACAUUUUCUGUACAUGUCUCAUAGGCUAUGAGAAUAUUCAAAUUUAGUGAUAGGUUGAUUCUCUCUUUCCUGGACCAGUAGCAUUGACCAGUCAAGUGAACAUGAAGACUGAUCGAAAGGAGAAAAAAAUAAUCAGUCUCCUAUGCAGCAAAAGUAAAACUUGUCUACUUGCUCACAAUGAGUUCAGGUACAGCGUUUUGUGGUUGAUAAUCUCAGGUGUUAACGCAAGAAAAUAUGUCUGACAGUUCAUAAAUCUUUGUACUUAAAAAAACAAAUUGUUGAGAAAAUUUAGUAUGUGCUUCAAUUGUACUGAACACUUUAAAGUACCUAUUAUCGUUGCUUAGCAAGUGUAGUUGAAAACGUUUGAACUAAAAGGCCAGGCUCUAAAAUUAUACUGUUAACUAACUAAUGUCACUAAAAUUAUUCAAUUGGUAAUUUUUGCUUGCUGAUGAGUUGUUUUUUAAGUAUCUAAAUGAAUAUUUUUAAUCUACACAUGUACGUCACUCUAUUUUGACUGUAAAACCAAUUUUUGUCAAAGAUUUUUUAUCUUUGUAUCUGCAGCACAAGUGUCUUAAUCAUUCCAAAAUGUUUAUUUUUCUAAGUUAUUUUUAUGUUUUCUAGGCCUUCUAUGUUUCCUUUCCUUUAGAGAAUUUUCUCUUAUACUAAAUCCUGUGAUUGUAUACUUUAAAUUUAGACAAGAUUUUCUAAUAAGUUCAAUGCAAAGAAAUCUGUUCAGGUACUUAGUCAACUUCACACAAACAUUUCUCCGGAGAAAACUGAAAUGUUAACUGAAGUUGAAGGUGUCAGGUACUUAGCCAAUUGAGUUUCACAGCUUUUCAUUUGCGCUGAUUAAAUUUUAAGUUUUAAACAGGUGUGUGAUGAAUUUAGUAGAAUCAGUAAUAUCACUCUAAUCUUUUUACUUAGAUCGAGCGUAAACUAUUCAAGUUUAGAAUAUUUGAUCAGCACACAAGAAAAGAGAGAAUGUUCUUCCAAGAUUUUCUGUAAUUUUUUUUCUCAGGUGUCUUGCUGAGACAAGGUUACAUGUAUUUGUUUUUGUGAAUUUCAUGCAUCAGUAUCACUCCCCCCCUCCUCUUGUAAAUCAUCCUUCAUUGUCCCUUUUUUUCACUCUUAUCUGUGAUGUGCUAUCCAAAAAAGCAUUCCUAUGGAAACAAAAAUGCGUCACCUAGUGAGAAUUUUGUUUUUAGCCUGUUUUAUUAUUUAUUUUUGAUGUGCAAUGAAUUUUAUUUAAGAUAUCUUGUCUCAUGUUUCAUUUGGAAGAAGCAGUUUGACUUUUGUUACUUUAUUUUUGGAGUUUUAUUCUGAAAAAAAAAAAAAGGCGGGGAAAAAUUAACAUUUAAGACCCCUGUAUCUAUGCAGUGGGUCAGCUCUAGCGAGUUAAGCAGCUAUCGCAUGUAUAGUCCCCACUGCGCAGUUGACAGUUUGCGCAUGGGCAGAGACUGUACGUUUGGUAGCUGCUCUACAGAGUUCAGUCAUGCCAGGCUGACAGAUGCUCCAUUUUCAGUUUAAAAAAGUUAAUUUCUAACUAAAUUGUUAUGUCAGUCGUCUUCAAUGUAAUGAAUUUUACUUUCAUUCCCCAGUCUGUUGUUUAUAAUGUGUACUUAAAGUUAUACCUACCUAGUUAAAUUAUGAACCGUUUCUAAUUCGAUUUAUUGGACUAAAAAUGUUACUAAGCUGCAUUGUGAACUUUCUCUGUUUGGAUUUUUUAUCCGCAAAGUUGUACAAUUUUCAAUGUAGUAUUUUACUCUGCCUCUACAGGAAAGUGAGGGUAAGAUUAUUCAUUUUUGUUGGAGACAGGAUUUCAUAAAAUUUAAUUUAUCUCGCCCAGCCUUGUGCUAUCUUUGUCUUGAGCCUUACGCGGGAUUAAUUCAUGGUUUACCAAAGAGGGUGUUAGUUGUUUUUGUGUAAAUGUUUUCUCACUAGUUUUAGUAUUGUCUAAGUUCUUCCUUAUGGAUAAAGCUAAGCUUUUUAUCUCUUUUUUUGUACGAGAUACAAAUAGACUUCUCUCGGACUUUUUUGACUAAUGCUCCCAUAUUUAUACAUAAAGUAGGUAGCCUCCUGUCUAGUUGUAAGUUCAUUGCACUGUUGUAAAGUCUCACUAAAUGAAAGAGUUAAGAGAGAUAGUUUUUUUGUAAUUUAUAGAGAAGUUUAUUGGAAUUGAAAAAUUACACCAAAGCCCAUGACAUGGUGAACUUUAUAUUUACUUGAAUAUUCAGGCAAAAAGUUGGCUUUAAUCUUCAGUUUCUUAUGAGUAAGUGAAGGAAACACUGAGAUAAAAGAUAACUCCUCAAUUUUAUCAAAAAUGCCACUCAGUUCCUUUAUUUGUCACCCUCAUCUUCUUUUACACUUUUCAGACUAGGGAUGAAAUUCUCAAGAUACCCGUAGGUAAUAUGUAGAACAUGCAUCUUUGAUUUUAAGAUAUUAUAAUGAGAUCUGGAAAAUUCAUUUCUCAAAAUAAGAGAAAAUAUGGAUCGUGAAAAUACCUCCCUUGCUUAGAUGCACCGCUGGGUCUGUGCUUCAUCAGUUACGAUCAUAGGAUUAGCAUUUAAGAAUUAUUUCAAAUGAAAAUUAUACUAUUUCUCAAUGCUGCGAUAACUGUUACAGGCCUAUAUGUUGGUGAUGAGUGCUACAAAUUGAAAAUUUAGUCCUUUCAUCACAAUAUUUUUUCUUAGCACUAGAUCCUAGUUUCCUUAAAGACCCGGCAAAAAUAAGAGGGGGGGUAUGUAUAUCAUUAAUAUUAUUAAAUAUUGCUGGGAAGCUUUUAUUAUUUUGAAGUUCUUAACCGACAAAAUGGUGCUAAGAGCGUGGUCUUUUUUGCUAAUACUGUUACUCUAAUUUCAUUAAAAUCUAAACUUUUUUUUAGAGUUAGUUGAACUUCUAUGUUUAUGUGAAGAAUAUAAUCAAAGAAAGAUUUUAUACCACUUUUAAUUCCUAACUAUAACAUUUUCUUGUCCAAGUAACCUCUAGAAAAAAGAAGAACAAUAUUGUCAAUAUACUAACAUCCUUACUUUUUUUUGUCCCACAACUAAAUUAAGCUUUGUGCCUUUACCAAAUGAAUUUUUAAUUACUGUUUUAACUAUUAGCAUAAUUUGUCCGUGAGCAUUAUAGUCCUCAUGUUUUACUCACCACUUUUUUAAUGAUUGUUGAAUUAAUAAAUUGUUUAUUUCUGUACUUUACA